GAGCGGCCAAAUGGCGCCAACUUUUCUUUCUUAAGACAACGAGCGGACGGAAGCACUACUCUAUCGAUUGUCGGGAAUCAUAGCUAUGAACAUAACGUUAAUUUAGAGGCAAUGGUCGGCAAACUGGUUGAGGGAAGCGCUGCAAUGCCGCCCUAUAAGGAGCCCGAAGCCAAUCGCAUUAAUCCCAUUGAAUCCAUUAACGAAAGUCCGUUUUGUUCGUAUUUACCAUUUCUGGACACUUCUAAGGCUAAUAUUAACGAAGAGGACAGCGCUUUACUGCUCUCCACUUAUGGCGACGACGAGUUGGGUCUGCAAUACGCCGAAAGCAUAACACAAUUCGCACACGAAACUGAUUAUGUCCUUAAUUUGGUCGACUCUUUGCUCGAUAUCUUAACUCAAGGACAGCACCAGAAGAUUGCACACAAAUUGCGUGAAAAGGUGACUAUCGCUGAAAACGAGGCGACAUUUAAAAAGCCAAUCACUGAGUCGAUCGAUAUCGAGACCAAUGGUAACGGCGUUCAGACACAACUCAACGAAACCGGUUCACUGAUCGGACAGUUAGGAUCACUUCAAUACCAACGCCUGUCCUCUUCUACUCUUCCCAUUAAACCGUCGGCAGAAGAGGAGAAACUG